UUUUCAGCGAAUCGAAACCGUACUUGCAUAUAUAAAAACCAGAGCGUCCAGGCAUCCACAAAGCUUGCCUGAGGUUACCCACACAAAGCAUCGGUGUAUUUUCUGUACCUGUUCCUUAUAUUUAAUUGCAAAACCGCGCACCAGCAAGCAACUAUGGCGGCUAUUGCUUUAGGUGUCUUGGGAGCAGUUGCUGGUGUGGCUGCUACCCCUGUAGUGUUGGGGGCAAUUGGCUUUACUGGUGCAGGUGUGGCUGCUGGUUCGAUUGCUGCGUCGAUGAUGUCAGCUGCUGCAGUGGCCAAUGGUGGUGGCAUUGCCGCCGGCAGCACUGUGGCUAUCCUGCAGAGCAUCGGUGCAGCUGGGCUCUCUGUGGCUGUGAAGACUGGUUUGGUGGCUUUUGGGGGGGUGGCAGGAGCAGUUGUGGCACCGUUCAUCCGAUGAGACCAGACUUCUGGGGAGCAAACCGGGAAGCGGAACUCCUUCACCUACAUGUAUCUGAAAAAUGUUAAUUGAAUCAUAAGAUCAGAAUAAUAAAGGUUGAUUUGUGCAUUUCA